GCGCAAGGCGAGGGAUUUCGACUCUAGUUGAAUUGAAUAGGGAUUCGAAGGUGAUAGUCACCUUCACUGCUACAGCCUUCCCUUUCUCUGCCUCCCCCAAGAAGACGACACGAGUCGGCGCCAAAGAUGCCGGGGCGAUUCCACGCCAUCCUCCGCCGCCGCCUGCAGUCCUGCAAGAAUAACUACUCCACCGUGGAGGAGAUUGUGGAGCAUCUCCUCUCGACAUACCCUGACUAUAGCCGCCAACGGCUGCAGCCCUUCACUGUUAACGUCCGGAAGGCAUUAGAAUCGUCACCGCCGCCGCCCUCGCCGGCCAGCAAGAAGCAGAAGCACCAGAAUCAACUGCAGCAACGGCACCAGUCUCCUCCGCGACGGUCGAUUUUCCGAGACGAGAGCGAGGACGAGAAGGAGGAGGAGCUCGGUAGAGGGAACUGUAGCAGAAAGAAGUCGAAGAAGGCCAGCGAGGGCGAGCAGCGAUUGCAGAGGAUGGAGGUGUCGCACUUCAAAAGGAAUCAACAAAAGAGGAAUCAGGAUACAGCGUCGUCGACGGAUUCCAGUGACGAUGAUGAGGAUGAUGAAGAGAGUGAAGAGGAUGGGGCUGUAUCGACAUCCGAGGAUGCGAUUUACGGGCAGAAAGUCGAGCCGGAGUUCGACCUGAUGAAGUCUGUGCUGCGAGCGAACUACAGCAGGUCGAAAUUAGCGAGAGAAGAGGAGAAGGCUCCGAAGGAGAAGAACAUUGAAUUGGAGGUCGUUAGCGCUAAGCCUAAGAGGAAGAUCGAUACGAUGAAUGGCGGCGGUGACAUUAAGGGCGAAGCAAAAGUGAGGAGCGGCCUCGGCUCUGUUUCAAACGGGACUCCCGUAACAAUGGAAGGGAAAGAGGGGCCGAGGUUUCGGGAUUUAGGGGGGAUGAGGGAUGUGUUGGAGGAGCUGAAGAUGGAGGUGAUCGUGCCGCUGUAUCAUCCACAGAUCCCGAGGAUGCUCGGUGUGAGGCCAAUGGCAGGGAUAUUGUUGUACGGUCCCCCGGGUUGUGGGAAGACCAAGUUAGCCUAUGCUAUAGCUAAUGAGACCGGUGUCCCCUUCUACAAGAUUUCCGCUACUGAGGUUGUCUCCGGCGUCUCAGGUGCAUCGGAGGAGAAUAUCCGAGACCUCUUUACGAAAGCACAUAGAAAUGCACCAUCGAUUGUGUUUAUAGAUGAGAUCGACGCUAUUGCUUCUAAACGGGAAAAUCUACAGAGAGAGAUGGAGCGUCGAAUCGUGACACAGUUAAUGACCUGCAUGGAUGAAUCUCAUGGACCGCAGAAAUCAUCAUCCGAUAAAAAUGGAGAUUCGGGGGACUCUGAUUCCAGGCCUGGCUAUGUUCUCGUAAUUGGUGCUACCAAUAGGCCCGAUGCAGUUGACCCUGCUUUGAGGAGACCUGGCCGAUUCGAUCGUGAGAUUGUCUUAGGCGUUCCUGAUGAGAGUGCAAGAGCCGAGAUUCUUUCUGUGCUAACGAGCAACCUAAAACUCGAGGGUUCCUUUGAUCUUAUGAAGAUAGCAAAGUCUACACCAGGGUUUGUUGGAGCUGAUCUGGCAGCUCUCGCUAAUAAGGCUGGGAACCUUGCUAUGAAGAGAAUUAUUGAUCGAAGAAAGUUAGACUUCUCUGGAAAUUCCGUAGACCGAGAUCACACAGAUGAAUGGUGGCGACAGCCAUGGUUGCCUGAAGAGAUGGAAAAGCUUUCCAUCACCAUGGCUGAUUUUGAGGACGCAGUAAAAAUGAUUCAACCAUCAUCUAGAAGGGAAGGAUUUUCUGCAAUUCCUAACGUUAAAUGGGAAGAUGUGGGCGGCCUUGAUUCAUUGAGGCAGGCAUUCGAUCGUUAUAUAGUGAGGCGGAUAAAAUAUCCAGAGGAGUAUGAGGAAUUCGGGGUGGACUUGGAGACCGGGUUUUUGCUUUUUGGGCCUCCAGGUUGUGGUAAAACACUCAUCGCCAAAGCAGUCGCUAAUGAGGCGGGAGCUAACUUUAUUCAUAUAAAGGGCCCUGAACUUUUAAAUAAAUAUGUUGGAGAAAGUGAGUUGGCAGUUCGUACAUUAUUUAGUCGGGCUAGGACAUGCUCGCCAUGUAUUCUUUUCUUCGACGAGGUAGAUGCACUUACAAAGCAGCGUGGUUCAGAGGGUGGAUGGGUCGUUGAACGACUAUUGAACCAGUUACUUAUAGAAUUAGAUGGUUCAGAUCAUCGACGAGGCGUGUUUGUCAUUGGUGCCACUAAUAGAAUUGAGGUGAUAGAUAGUGCUCUUUUACGACCUGGGAGAUUUGGGAAGCUUCAUUACGUUCGUUUGCCCAGCCAAGAAGAACGUGCCUUGAUCUUGAAGGCUCUUGGCAGGAAGAAACCUCUAGAUCCUGAUGUUGAUUUGAAUUGCAUUGCUCAAAUGGAAGCAUGCGAGAAUCUUAGUGGUGCUGAUCUUGCUGCAUUGAUGAAUGAAGCUGCAAUGGUUGCUCUCGAAGAGAAGCUGACACCUUCUGGGGGCAGUUCUGAUCCGUGGACCAUCAAGACAAGACAUUUCGAGCAGGCACUGUCUAAGAUUUCUCCGUCGGUCUCUAAAAUGGACAUACAGAUCUAUGAAGGACUCGCAAAGGAAUUAAAGGCAGAAUGAGAUCGAACUGUAAUCACCAAACGAUUUCCUUAAGGUUACUUUCCUCAAUGUUCAACUGCAGAUCAUACUGAAGAGCCCAGAAAUUUGAUGUCAUAGAACACUCUCUGUCUCUAGCUGAAUAGAUGCAUGAUCGGGCAAAUGGAUUUUGCCGCUGAGUUUUGGGGAAAAAGAGGGAAAAAAAAGAGAGGGAAAAGUUCAAGUUCGAAAAUUUCUUGCUUGCUCUGCUCAUUUUGGAUGUAACAAUCAUAGAAGGUGUAAAUUAAGAAUAUUUUGUUAUGUCGACCCCCGAAAGAAAUGAUUUUAUUCGUAGGUUUUCAUAGGGUACCAAAAUUUUGUGCUCUUGUUUUUCGGCAUUCAGUUUAGUAUUUGCUGAGACAUACUGUCUAUUUGGGUAUGAGCCUUUGUUGUUAUUUUGGGGAAUCAAAAUGUAUCGAUAUUGUUUAGCGUCUGAAGAUUUUGCGUGCCUCAAGGACUAA